CCGGAAGCACUGGCCGACGGGGUCGGCGGCAUCAUGGCGGCGCCCUGCGGCGCGACCCGGCGGGGGGAUCCCGCUGUCCGGCCGUGACCUCUGCCUUCUGCCCGCCCCCCCCCCACCGGCGACGAGCCCGCGGCGUCAUGAGGCUGAACUGGGCUCGGGCGCUGCCCCGGGGGCUCUGGGGGGGCUGGGGAGCGCCGCAGAUCGCUCGGAGCCUGUGCCAGCGCAGCAGCCGCCCCGCGGGGGACCCGGCAGGGAUGGCCUGGGGGGACGCCUCGGGGGACGCCUCGGGGGACACCUCGGGGGACGCCUCGGGGGACGCCCGGUGGGCCCCGUCGCGGCGCAGCCCCCCCCGCGGGGCGCAGGACAAGGACCGGGGCCCCACAGCCUUCGCGGCGGCACUGACGGCGCUGGAGCAGGCACCCGGGCGGCGCGUGGGGAGGCUGGAGCUGGUGGCGGCGGCGCUGGCGGCCAUGCCGGCGCUGGGGGUGGCCCGGGAGCGGGAGGCCUACCACCGCCUGCUGCGGCUGCUGCCCCGUGGGCCAUGGGUGCCCCGCGGGCCCAUCCAGCGCCUGCUGGCCCCCUUCCCCCGGCAGCAGGAGUGCGGCCUCCAGAUCCUGGAGCAGAUGGAGCGAUACGGCGUGAUGCCGGACGCGGAGACGCGGUUUCUGCUCCUGGGGGUCUUCGGGCCCCGCAGCCGCCCCGUGCGCAAGUGCCAGCGGAUGCUGUACUGGCUGCCACGGCUGCGCCACGUGGACCCCCACCCCCUGCCCCCCUGCCUGCCGCCCCCCGGCCUGGCCACCGCCCGCCUGGGUCUGCGCCGGAUCGCCAAUGACCCCGACGCCCGCAUCACCGUCUACCAGCGGCCAGUGCCGGACGAGGGGGAUGACGAGGGCUCCGUCCAGCCCUACAUCGUCGGUGCCCAGAGCCCAGACCAGCAGGCGCUGCUGGCCCGGCAUGGCCCAGAUCGGCCCGUCUUCGUGGAGGGGCCGUUCCCCCUCUGGCUGCGCAGCACCCGCCUGUGCUACUACGUGCUGCGGGGGGACCCCCUGCCCCCCCACCUGCGGGAGGACCCCCCAGACCCUGAGCGCAGCCUCUACUACCCCCUGCACCUUGACCUGGACCUGGAGCGCGGCCCCUGGGACGAUGACGACUUCGAUGUGGAGGAGGUGGAGGAGGGCCCCGUCUUUGCGCUCUGCAUGGCGGGGGCGGGCGACCGGCACACGCUAGGCAAGUGGAUUGCGGGGCUGCAGGAAGUGAAUCCCGUCCUGGGACGCACCCCCGUUGUCUUCCGCCUGCAGGAGGGGGACACCCCGGCUGGCACCCCCCCGGCACCCCACCUGGCAGUGGUGCCACCUCCCCCCGCCACGCUGCAGCCCCCCGACCCACCGCAGGGGCACGGGCGCAGCACCGUCAGCGGUGGGGGGCCGGGGGGUCCCCCCACAACCCCGGGGGAAUAAAGGACACGUUGCUGACA